AGUCCCACGGGCUCACACGUGGAAUGGUGCAAACAGCUCAUAGCCGCAACGCUGAACAGCCAGUCUGCUGGCAUUCCACCCGAGGUUCCCUCACGAGAUUUAAAGGACUCGUGUGAGGGAGGCUCUCAGUACGACAGCGACUCUGAGCUCAACUCCCACUCCAUGGCAAGUCUCAUGCUUAACGCUCAGCUCUCUCUCUCUCUCUCUCUCUCUCUCUCUCUCUCUCUCUCUCUCUCUCUCUCUUUCUCUUUCUUCUCUCACCAGUAGCUCUAGUCUUUCCCUUUAGGGUUGUCCACCCUGCUGCACAUCGCCCUGAUAUGACCGAGCAUGCCUCAAUGAGCUAAUCAAUGAAAUAUAAGAACAGAUGCACGUGGUGAUACUAAACAAUAACACUGUUAUUACCAUAUGAGUAGAAUUACAGUAGCACUCACUAGUAAUAAUAUUGUUGGAAGAAGAGCUGAAACCAAAGAUGUUUACUGUUUUUAUUUUUCAAUGAGGUAACAGUAAAUAAUGAGGUGUAACAGUAGAUGUUGAAUCUCCAAUGACCCAUUCUCUUCAGUCCAGUUGCUUUUACAGGAUUAGUCUCAUUUAGUUAAUAGCCACAUCUCUGUACUAGGAGUAUAAAGGUAGCCAGUUGGUGCGAUGUCCCAACGCCGUAACCGUCACAACACAACGCAGUCACUGGAGCAGGAGUAGAGUCUGGGCGUGCUGUGGGAUGCACAUGCAUGAUUUCUGGCUCUUUUCCACCGCAUGGUAUCAACUUAACUCAACUUUACCCAACUCUACUCUACUCUACUUUGGCACCUUUGCGUCUCUCUGCUGCACUGCUUCACUCCUUUGAACUGCUUUUACCACCCAGGUCUCCUAUUGCUGUACCCACUCUUCUGACCAGUGUUGAUUUAGGAAUGAAACGUGAUUUCAUUAUUUAGGUGUUUGGACACCAACCCGUCGCUCCGAUGGACGAGGUCCCACUGGUGCCUGGAGAGACCAUCAGAGCCACAGCUAAGGAUGUGAUGUACAUCUGCCCCUUCAGUGGAGCUCUGAAUGGCACGCUGACCGUCACCGACUACAAGCUGUACUUUGUCAGUCUGGAGCGGGAGCCAUACUUCCUGAUGGAUGUGAACCUCGGGGCCAUCAGCCGUCUGGAGACCAUCAGUGUGCAGAGCAAUGGAGAGAACACAUGCGGCAUGGAAAUUGUCUGCAAGGACAUGCGCAGCCCCAGGCUGGCCUACAAGAAGGAGGAACAGAGCAAUGUGGAUGUCAUGGAGAUGCUGACCAAACACGCCUUCCCCCUCUCUCACGAUCUGUCCCUUUUCGCCUUUCAGUAUAAGGAGGAGUAUCCGCUGGAUGGAUGGAAGGUGUACGACCCCCUGGCAGAAUACAAGAGACAGGGUCUCCCCAAUGAGAGCUGGACCAUCAGCAAGCUGAACAGCAACUAUGAGGUGUGUGACACAUAUCCCGCGCUGCUCGUCAUCCCCACCAACAUCGACGAGGACGACAUCAGGAGAGUGGCCUCCUUUAGAGCCAAGCACCGCAUACCGGUCCUCUCCUGGAUCCACCCGGAGACCCAGGCCACCAUAGUGCGCUGCAGCCAGCCGCUGGUCGGCCCCUCGGACCGCCGCUGCAAGGAGGACGAGCGCUACCUGCAGACCAUCAUGGACGCCAACGCCCAGUCGCACAAGCUCACCAUCUUCGAUGCCCGCCAGAGCAGCGUGGCUGAUACCAACAAGGCUAAGGACGGGGGUUACGAGAGUGAGAACUUCUAUCCCAACGUGGAGCUGAACUUCCUGGACAUCCCCAACAUUCACGUGAUGCGCGAGUCCCUCCGGAAGCUGAAGGAGGUGGUCUACCCCACCAUCGACGACCAGCACUGGCUCUCCAACAUCGACGCCACGCACUGGCUGGAGUACAUCAGGCUCCUGCUGGCGGGGGCGGUGCGUGUGGCGGAUAAGCUGGAGUCGGGGAAGUCGUCGGUGGUGGUGCACUGCAGCGACGGCUGGGACCGCACGGCCCAGCUCACCUCCCUGGCCAUGCUGAUGCUGGACAGCCACUACCGCACCCUCAGAGGCUUCCAGGUGCUGCUGGAGAAGGAGUGGAUCGGCUUCGGACACAAGUUCGCCUCGCGUGUGGGCCAUGGAGAUGAGAACCAUGCUAACUCGGAGCGCUCCCCUCUCUUUGUGCAGUUCAUUGACUGUGUGUGGCAGAUCAUGAGACAGUUCCCAGCUGCCUUUGAGUUCAAUGAGCUCUUCCUCAUCACCAUCCUGGACCACCUCUACAGCUGCCUAUUUGGUACAUUCUUCUGCAACAGCGAGAAGGAGAGAGUUGAGCAGGAGGUGCAGAGUAAGACGGCCUCUCUGUGGUCCUACAUCAACAGCCAGGCGGAGGACUUCAGCAACCCCUUCUACGUGGACUACCAGCACCACGUGCUCUACCCACUGGCCAGCAUCCGCCACCUGGAGCUCUGGGUCAGCUACUACGCCCGCUGGAACCCCCGCAUGAGGCCACAGAUGCCGGUGCACCAGAACCUGAAGGAGCUGCUGUUCCUGCGUGCGGAGCUGCAGAGGAAGGUGGAGGAGCUGCAGAGGGAGGUGUCCUCCUCCCACUCUCUCUCCUCCUCCUCGGAGCACAACUCCUCACCCUCCCACGGGGGCCCCUCGCCCCUGCACACCACCGCCUGAGACCACAUACACACACACACACACACACACACACGCACACACACACACACACACACGCACACACACACACACAGUCAUCUUCAUCUUCAAGUUCAUCUAAAAAUGAUGCGCACAAACACACAUAUACUCAUGCAUAUACACACACACACACACGCAAAAGUUCAUCUUGCAAUGAUGCGUGCAUACUCACACACACAAGUUAAUUUAACAGAUGCACCCACACCUAAUCAGGUGCACACACACACACACUAAAGCUCUUUUUUAAAAGUGUUACAUGUAUGCACACACACACACAAACUACACAUGCACUUACCCACACACAUACUGGCAAACACCAUAUGCACAAUCAGUCACUCCCUCUUUUGCCACACUCUCUCACACAGAACAAAUGACAUAUGCACUGAGAGACCUGAGGGGUUGAGGACUUAUAAACUUACUGAGCAGACAGUGCCUGCUAUUAGACACUUUUGCUAUCUCAGUUUCAACUGUGAAUCAAUAGACUUUUUGUUACUAUAAGCUGGUUUUUGGUGUUACAUUUAAGAUUUUCACAUAAAUUGAAGAAAGUGCACUCAUUUCAGCGUAUAAUUUAAUAUACUUGGGUUUGAUAGUUUAUAUGUAAAUAUUGAACCAGUCAAAUUAAUAUAUUUGUACAUCAGCCAUAGUUAACAAUCUAUUGAUGAGUUUUACUAGCACCAGAAGCUUAUUUUUACUCUUGGCCAGUAUUUCUUCUAUGAGUCAGUGUGGUCUGUCUUGUCUUGCUUGAGCUUAUGUCCCCAUGCACUUGUGAAUUGUUCGAGGGCACGUGUCCCGUCUUUUGUGUUUCCCUCACCUGCCCAAAACAGACAGUGUUUUGAUACUUUGUCAGUAUUUUAUUGCACCUUAUUAUAGGGUCGUUUUGUUUCAAUCUUAAUGAAUAGCAAGCCAGUGUGAAAAUGCCAAACCCCUGUUGUUUUUUAUAUCUGUAUAAUGUAAGACCUUUCCUUUCAUUUGUGAUUACUUCUCUGAGGAAAUAUGUUCAAAUGUUCUCGUUAAGCUCCUUUGGAUUUCAUUCAGUAUUUCAUUACUUUGAUAUUUUUUACUAUUGGCUGAUUGUGACCUUGAGUCAUUUCAGACUCUCCAUCUUCAGCUCACCAUAUCACUGAGACUGCUGAGCAGUGUACUUCACACAUCUGACUACAGCAGGAAACUAUAACAAACUAAUCGAGGGGAGAUUCCACAGCACUUCCUGAAUAGACCAAACUGCACCACAAUGAAGAUGCAUGAAUAAGAAACUGUGUAAAGCUUAAAGGUGAAAGGCUUAAAGGAUUCUCAGCAGUUAAAUUGAUAAUUUAUACUUCCCAUUCACACACGAGCAUAGGUUCUUGUGAACGAGACACAAAGAGGGCUUUUACAUUGCCUUCAGAGACUGAAAUUGUGACCCACUUUUUGGUCAAGCUUGUUUAAUUUCUGACAAGAUUUUGGUCAGUGGCAGAACAGCACUGUACUUGUUCACAUGUACACACAAUUUCACAUAUUUUUUUUUUUUUUUUUUAGCCAUGAUCAUCAUGAACUACUCAUAUUUUAAAUGUUUAUUUUUCAUGUGAGCUUUUAGAGAUGACCCAUUGUCUGAACAUGUAUUUUAUGGUAUUCAUUUGGUCGUCUUUGCUUUAGUGUGUCAUCAUGAUGCCAUAGAUUUCGGUCUGGCUUUUCUCAACAAGACACAAAGAAACUUCUGACAUUCCAGCAGAAAAAAAAAGUGAAUAAAAACACAUGACAAAGUA